AUGGGAAGUCAUCAUACAGACCUUAGAAUCCACAAAAGAAUUCACACUGGUGAGAAACCCUAUCAAUGUGAAGACUGUGGGACAACCUUUAGUCGUCUUACAGACCUUAGAGUACAUCAGAGAAUUCAUACUGGUGAGAAACCCUAUGAAUGUGAAGAAUGUGGGAAGGCCUUCAGUCGUGCCACAAACCUUGCUCAACAUGGAAGAGUUCAUACCGGGUUGGCCGCUCUGCGCAUGCGCACUCCUAGCCCAGGCUGCAACUCCCAGAAGCCUCCGGGACUCGGCGGUGGGCGUGGCGGGCGGUCGCCGUGGUCACCACCGCUUUUCUCAGAGGUUUUAACGCCCCUAGACUUCAUUUCCCGACAGGGACUGCGGGUCUGGAUAUUCCGUCGUGGACUACGUUUCCCACUGACGACGGAGAAAACUUGGACCUUUGGCUCCGCGCUGCGAGUGACCUGCAGUCACCUGAGCAAGAAGGCGGCGUGGGUCGCUGCGGGAGCCCCUACAGCCCCAGCCCGCAGCCCACGUGGCACCCUACAUGGCUGUGAGAGUGGGGCUGCUGGAGGCGUUCAGAGCGCGGAGGCCCCGGGCGCGGGCCGGGCUCUCUCCCGCCUCCUCAGGCCCGGGGGUGCUGGAGCUGCCGAGGUGGGGGAUCAUCUUUGGGAGACAGUGUCUUUGCUCAAUUCAAAAGCCACAGAAGAAGUUCUGGACGAUGUGGGCCUUCAAUCUUGUAAGAUGGGAAUAGAAAGAAGAGGAUCUACUCAGACCAGGACCCUGCUGCCCAAUCUCAGCUCUGGCUUUCUGGAUCUGUGCUUCUCUGGUAGAGGAACCCUGAGGACUGAUCUACUCUUGCAGUUCUAAAACCAUGGCCCAUGACGUGACUUUUCUAAGCCAGAUGUAAUUACAUCAUUGGAGCAAGGAAAAGAGCCCUGGAUGAUUGUAAGGGAAGAAAAAGGAAGAUGGUGUACAGGUAAAAAUAAGUCUGACUGUGGGAAGCCAUCUGUGUAAAUAACAACCUGUGUGGUCAGGGAAGAGACAUACACUUGGGAUGUUAGUUGGAAAUCUCCAUUCACAGCAGAGAAAAGGCGUGUGAUUUAUAAGGAAGAUAAAUACUCUGCAUAAGCUACCCAGUGAGCUUCACCUUCACCUUAGUUAACCACUCACUUUUUUUUUUUUUUAAUUAUCCUUUAAGUUCUAGGGUACAUGUGCACAACGUGUAGGUUUGUUACAUAUGUAUACAUGUGCCAUGUUGGUGUGCCGCACCUGUUAACUUGUCAUUUACAUUAGACAUAUCUCCUAAUGCUACCCCUACCCCUACCCCCACUCCAUGACAGGCCCUGGUGUGUGAUGUUCCCCACUCUGUGUCCAAGUGUUCUCAUUGUUCAGUUCCCACCUGUGAGUGAGAACAUGCAGUGUUUGGUUUUCUGUCGUUGCAAUAGUUUGCUCAGAAUGAUGGUUUCUAGCUUCAUCCAUGUCCCUACAAAGGACAUGAAGUCAUCCUUUUUUAUGACUGCAUAGUAUUCCAUGGUAUAUAUGUGCCACAUUUUCUUAAUCCAGUCUAUCAUUGUUGGACAUUUGGGUUGGUUCCAAGUCCUUGCUAUUGUGAAUAGUGCCGCAGUAAACAUAUGUGGGCAUGUGUCUUUAUAGCAGCAUGAUUUAUAAUCCUUUGGGUAUAUGCCCAGUAAUGGGAUGGCUGGGUGAAAUGGUAUUUCUUGUUCUAGAUCCUUGAGGAAUUGCCACAGUCUUCCACAAUGGUUGAACUAGUUUACAGUCCCACCAACAGUGUAAAAGCAUUCCUAUUUUUCCACAUCCUCUCCAGGACCUGUUGUUUCCUGACUUUUUAAUGAUCACCAUUCUAACUGGUGUGAGAUAGUAUCUCUUUGUUAACCACUCACUUUUUAUUCUUCUCAUAUUUCCUCCCAAUUUCAGUGAUGGGAAUGAUCCCUCCUGGUGGAUCAUUUUACCUGUAUUUUGGACCCUACUGAUUUCCAGAUCUUCUUGUUCACUUGUAUUUAUAUAUGUGGCUCCAUUGCCUUAAAAUAUACUCAUUCCUGUAUCCAGCAAAUAAAAUGGAAGUUAAUAGUAUACUAGAUAAGAUAUAAAAUAAACAUGUAAACAAAUAGAUAAAUAAUAUCACGUAGUCAAAUAUACUGUGAAGGAAACUAACCAAUAACAGGGCAAAUUUAGGUGUAAAGUCAAGAACUGUUUUUCUGAGGAGGCAUUUGAUCAGAGAGGUGAAUUGUAAGGGCUUAGGCCAUUUGAGUAUACAGUUGACCCUUGAACAACACAGAUUUGAACGGUGUGGGUUCACUUAUUUGUGGAUUUUCUUUCGCCUCUGCCACCCCGAGACAGCAAAAACAACCUCUCACCUUCCUCCUCUUUCUCAGCCUACUCAACAUGAAGAUGAUGAGGAUGAAGACCUUUGUGAUGAACUACUUCCACUUAAUGAAUAAUAAAUAUAUUUUCUCUGA